GUUUUCAGAGAGAAAGCGGUGGGGUUGCCAUUGUGGACAAGGGAGGAGGGGGCGGUUUGGGUUCGUUACUCUGAUGUGGUGUUUAAGGAAGCUUUGGGGGGAUAUUUUGUGGAAGGAGGGAGAAUUGUGGUCCUGCAAGUCCAGCCAGUGAUUUGCAUGUGUUGUAAGCCUGGUCCCUCCAACUUGUUGGCUCAAGUUUGUAGCUUCAGGAUAAUUGAUGUUCCCUGGGUGAAGGGAGGAUGUCAAGCGACACUUACGUGAAGGAUAUCAAAGCUGGCUUAAAAAACCUCAACCUUCUCUUCAUUGUCCUGGAGAUCGGCCGAGUGACCAAAACAAAGGAUGGGCACGAAGUCAGGACGUGCAAAGUCGCUGAUAAAACCGGCAGCAUCAACAUAUCCGUGUGGGACGAUGUGGGAAGUCUGAUUCAGGCUGGAGACAUUAUCCGACUGACCAGAGGAUAUGCCUCAAUCUGGAAAGGAUGUCUGACACUCUACACAGGGAGAGGAGGGGAUCUCCAGAAAGUAGGAGAGUUUUGUAUGCAGUAUUCAGAAGUGCCGAAUUUCAGUGACCCUAAUCCUGAGUACAUUCCCCAGCCGCUGUCACAGAACAAACCGACUCCAUCUGAACAAAGUUCUUCUACAGCUGGACCAGCGACUUCAUCUCCCUCUGUUAGUACCGGUAACGAGAAUCUGAACGCCGCUGGCACAGGUGGAGCGUCCCCGGGCAACUCGAAUCACCAGCCGGCGGCGGCAGCGGCAGGUGGAAGAGGCAAUGGACGCGGCCCAGGGAAUAGCCAGGCGGCGGCCACAUCCGCCUCCACCCCAGCGACCAGCACCCUUAGCAACGGAAGGGAUCCACGGCGGCUACCAAAGCGCUGAUCUUUGUUCUUGGAACUUGUGACCUCUUCUUCCGCUCCCUUUUUGGUAACCUGUCAACUGUAUAAAGGUGGUAUUCUUUAUAUCCAAGUAUAUCCAACCCUUCUCCCUCGGCUCCUUAAACUGAACACCUCAAAGCAUUGGAUGCAUGACAGCCAGCAAGAUGUCACCGGCCCCCACGCCCCUACCAAACGGUCUCGUUUCAAGUUGUAGAGAGAGACCAGCAUAGAAACAGGCCCUUCGGCCCAUCAACUCCGUGCUGGACAUUAACCACCUUUUAUUUUAAACACACUAAUCCUACCCUAACCCAUUUUACUCUCCCCCGUAUUCCCAUCCCAUUAUUUAACUGGACCUGAGUAAUUUGUAUCCUUUUAAAAUAGUUUGUUUCUGACAAUUCAAAACUGUUCCGAUCAAAUCGGAGGGAUAGAGCUUUUUGUGAGGGUUGAUGGUGACUGAUAGCUGCUCCUAAAGAAGAGUGAGGAUUAUUGUGUUGUGGACGAAUUACUUUCUCCUUCCACUUGUGUGGCUGCCCUCUUCUAGUGAACCCAGGCUUUAACUGGGGGCUGCCAUGGACUAACGCGGUGCAGAUGGAGGGAGAAAGCCCAGUCUUAGAAAGGGUGAAUUCACCUUAAAUCCUCCAUUUCUCACAGAGAUAAAAAGGUGGAGUUUUUCUGUUGAUCUGAAUGCAUUGUCCUUGCCGGGGGUGAUUUCACCCAAGGGCCAACUGAGACCAAAACAGUACACAAUACUCCAGAAGCAGUCUCACCAAAGCCCCAUAUAAUUGCAGUAGGACAUCUUUCCUCCUGAACUCCAAUCCUCUUGUAAUGACAUCCAAAAAAAAUUUGCCUUCCUGAAUUGCUCGUUCCACGUGCAUGUUAGUUAUUGACUUGUGUACAAGGAUAUCUAGAUCCUUUGGAGGUUAACGUUACCUAAUCUCUUGCCAUUUUAAGAUAAUACUGUGUUUCUAUUUUGUGCUCCCAAAUGGAUGACCUUGCACUUUCACUCAUCCAGCUUGUCCAUUUUCCUCUUGAAGCCUCCUUACGCCCUUCCUCCCUCAACACAAUCCCACCUAGUUUAGUAUUGUCAGCAAACUGGGAAUUGUGACACUUGGUCCCUUCAGUCAGGUUGUCGUGGCUGAGGCCCAAGUGCCGAUCCCUGCAGUGCCCAAGUGCAGUCACAGCCUGCCAGCCCAAGAAGGGUCCUCUUAUUCCCACUUUGUUUGCUGUCUGAUAACUAAUGUUAAGUUCUUGCCAGUGUAUAACCCCCAGUUCCAUUUAUUCUGACCUAUCACCAACCUCUGUGGGGACCUAAUUAAAAACCUUCUUAAAAAUCCAUAUACAGGCAACCCCCGUGUUACGGCCAUUUGGGUUAUGGAAAUUCGCCCUUGUGGAAUAAGCAAAUCGCUACCUGAAAAUUUGAGAUGUGGAGAUAAAAUUCACUCUCGUGGAGUUUGUGGGGGAUAUAAAUAGAUCAAAUUGUAUUUUGUUCCAACUUGCGAUUCUUGAAUUGCCCACAGAUGAGGUGAUUUUGCGUUAUGGAAACUUGUGGAAAAAGACGGUUUUCUUGGAACGCACCCCUUGCCCUUCGUGACACCUACACACCACAUCUACCGGUUCCCUUCCCCCACCCCAAUUAUCUAUUCUACCAAGUCACAUCCUCCGAGAUCACCAGCAGAUCAGUCAAACGUGAUUUUCCUUUCACGCACAGUGAUUCUGCUCAAUCCAAUUUUUUUCCCCUUAAGGUGUUCUGUUAUUACAUCCUUUACUAUACACUCCAGCACCUUCCCCAUCACUGAUGUUGGGUAUGUAACUGGGGAGCCUCCCAAGUUCAGUUCUCUGUAAAUGGAGCCUACGAAACUGCCGCCCAUGUCCUGACUUGCACCAAGCCCCAUUCGUCCAUUGCCUUGUUUGCUGACCUACACUGGCUCCUUACUCAGCAAAACCUCUGGUUACAACUCUUGAUUCUGCUUUUCAAAUCUCUCCAUGCCUUUGCCUCUCCCUGUGUAUGUAACCUCUCCUAAUCUAACAAUCCUCCGAGUUCUAUACUUCUCCAAUCCCGAGCUUGGAGUUUGCAAUUGAAUUUGGUCUUUGCCGGACGUGAAGGAAACUUUCACAAAUGUUGGAAAAACACAAACUGUUAAAAUAGCUAUUUCUUCCCAUCAGAACCUAGUGUCAGGUAAACAGUGCAGGCUCGACAGGGAAAUUUCCCAUCUAGGUCCUGGGGAACUGGCAGAGCUUUGCACAUCCAACAACAGAGAGCUAGUUCCCCAGGAUCAGCAUUCAGCUGAGCAAAAUUUCAGGACUUCCACCUUAACUGGGUGAAAGUUCAGAACUCCCAAGCAAUGUGGGUGAAAACCAGCAACUGCAAGCAGAAUUGUCAACUUUUACGCAGGAGGUUCCUUGCGACUCAGUUUCAAAGUUUAUUUGACAAUGCUCCUGCAAAGACCCUUGGGGAGACUUUAUGAAAUUAAAGGCGCUAUAUAAUUUUGAGGCUGUGCAUGUUGUAAUGGUGGAUUUCUGUGGCUUUGUUGACCAGUGCAUUGCCACUGUGCUUGAUCCUCCAGAUGUAAACUGAUAUUUGUUCACAGUGUCACUCUCACACUCCUGUAGCCACCCUGGGCAAUUUCUGCCAGAGAGCAUGAAAGAUAUUUUUUAACCUCUGUCUACAUUUGGAAUUGGCCUCAGGACGUACCUAGUGCUCUGUGGCGCAGCUACUCUCAGGCAUGCCAGAGAACUAGUUUCUCCCUCACACCACCUCUUCCUACAGGUGAGUGCCUGGCGUCCACCAAACAACUCCUUGUGACGGGACCUCCAAAACGGGAGCUUGUUGGGUGGUCACCUCUGCUUGCCUUAUUUCCAACAAUGAUCCUUGAGCAACAUACAGCCAAGGAUUAUGGCCAGUUUUUUUUUGGUUCUCUUUUCAGCAAAUCUCCUUUACUCACAUUGCUAGUUUGCUUAAAUAAGACAAAGUGCUGGAAACACUCAGCAGACCAAGCGGUGCCUGCGGACGGGGAAACGGUUAACAUUCCAGGUCUGAGCCGCUUCGUCAGUACUGGAAAAGAGAGAGACAGCGAGUUUGUUUUUCGUGGCAAAGAAGGUGAGGGAGGGAAUGAGUAGAACAAAGGGAAUAUCUCUGUUAGGGCGAGACCAAAGGAGUUAAUGGGAGCAGUGAGAGUAGUAGUUACAAGCACAGAAGAUCGGAGGGGCAAGUUUUUCCACACAGGGUGGUGGUUAUGUGGAAUGAGUUGCCAGAAGAGGAGGUGGAGGCAGAUACAAAGUUUAAAAGGCAUUUGUACCAGUACGUGACUAGGAAAGGAAUGGAGGGAUAUGGGCCAAACGCAGUCAAAUGGGAUUAGCGUAGAUAAGCAUCUCAGUCGGCAUGGAUGAGGUGGGCCGAAUGGUCUGUUUCUGUGCUGUACAACUCUGACAUAUGUUUUUAAAAGAAUAACUUUUUGAAAGCAUCAGAUUACUGGGUCAGGCAGUAAUUUAUUCUCUGUAUUCAGAUACUUGUAACUCUCUAACUUCCACUCUUGUACUUGAGGACAUUCAAAGUGCAGCCCAGCUGACUUUAUGCCUUGUAGCACUCAUUUUGUUUUCACAGCCAAGUCUUGAAUUCUUCUAUAAAUGAAACUCUGUGGAUGGUGGAAAUCUGAAGUAAAUCACAAAAUGCUGGAAACACUCUGCAGGUUGGGCAGCAUCUGUGGAAAGAGAAACAGAAUUAAUGCUUCAGCUCAAAAGGCCUUUGUGUUUCCACCAUUUCUUUUUUUUUGUUGUUGUUGAACUCUGUGGUUUGAAUUAUAUUUAAACCCUUUGGGUUAGUACUUUGCUCUCGGUUGUUUGGCUUUUAUUUUUCCUCUGCCCAAUCUAGAUGGAAGUGAGGUCAGGAUUUGAACCUCAUCAAAGUUUUGGAACCAGUCCAAUGCUAGUGGUUUGUCAACCCACUUGGAACAGAGAUUUUCAGAGCAAUUCUAUACAAGAGACCAAGUUGAGCCAUGCCCUUAAUUCCUCCAACUUGCUUUUCUAUUGCAUAUUUAUAAAAUGGCAAAAAAGUUCAAAUACCUUGUAAUUAAUGGUACAAAGGCUCCUCUCCUCCUUUUCAUUUAUUCUCACCAGUAUGAGAUGGACCAAAAAUUGACAGUCUCUCUGAAGUACAAACAACAGUAGAAACACUCAGCCGAUCAGUUGGCAUCUAUGGAGGGAGAAACGGGUAACAGUUCAGGUGGAUGACCCUUCAUCAGAACGAGAAAAGGUUAGGCUGCAGAGGGGAGGGGGGUGGAGAGGGUAGAAGCGUUUGUGAGGGGGUGAUGACUCCCACUCCGAUCCUUGGCCCCAUAUGUUGGACUUUGUUUGAAUAGUGCAAGCUUGAGGAACGGCAUCUCAUAGUUGUACAGCACAGAAACAGGCCCUUUGGCCCAACUGGUCCAUGCUGACCAAGAUGCCCCAUCCAAGCUAGUCCCAUUUGCCAGCGUUUGGCCCAUAACUUUCUACACCUUUCCAAUCCAUGCGGUUAUCCAACUGUCUUAUUGUACCUGCCUCAACCACUUCCUCUGGCAGCUUGUUCCACAUUGAUACAACCCUUUGUGUUUUUAAAGAAAGUUGCCCCUGAAGUUCCUAUUAAACCUCUUUCCCCUCUCACCUUAAACCUGUGUCCUCUAGUUCUUGAUUCCCCAACCCUGGGAAAUAAGACCUAUCUCUGCCCCUCAUGAUUUUGUACACCUCUAUAAGGUCACCUCUCAGUCUCCUACGCUCCAAUCUCCAGCACCACCUCCACUUGUCAUUCAGUCUCCACCAUAUCAGAGGCAUUACCUUUGUUCUCUCAGCCCCUUCCCUUUUCUCUGCAACCCAAAACCAGUCUUACCUCGACCUAAUGAAAUGCAGUUGACCUGAAGUUCCCUUUCAGCUGGUGCUGCCUGACCUGCCGAGUGGUACCAGCACCUUCUGUUUCUUUUCAGAUUUCCAGCAACUGCAGUGUUUAGCUUUUGUAGGUUCUAGUUAAAAGAAAGUGCCCUUGCUGUUCUGGUGUGGCUCAUGGGGAAGCACUCUCGCUGACUCAGAAGGUUGUGCUGUUGAGCCCCAUGUCACUACCUAGAAGCACAAGACUUUCCCAGUGCAGUAUGGAGGGAUGGCUACACAUUCAGGGGAGUCUCCUUUCAGGUGCAGUGUUAAACGGAGGCCUUGUCUGCUCUCUUAUUGGAUGUAAAAGACCACAGGUAACCUGGGUCCUAUAUUUAUCCUUCAAACUAACGUCGUAGUCAAAAACAAUCUGGUCAUUAUUGCAUUGCUGUUUGUUGGACCUUGCUGUGCACAAAUUGGCUGCUGUUUACUGCAACAAGUAACCAGGUUUUAAGAAUAGUUAAUUCGCUGUUAAACAUUUUGUGACAUUGUAAAAUUGUGGAAGGUGCUGCCUUAAUGCAAGUGAGUUAAAGUUAGAAAUUAUAUGGCACAGAAAUGACCUGCUGUAUCUCUGCUAGCUGAAGGGAGAAAGGGAUUCAACUGACCUCAUUUCCUACUGUUUAGUCUGGUGUCCUGUAGGUUAUGGCUCAUCACGUGCUCAUCCAGAUACUUUUAAUAUGUGGUGAGGGUUUCUCUUAGACAGGCACAUGAAUAUGCAGAGGAGGGAGGGAUGUGGGCAAUGUGCAGGGAGGGGGGAUUAGGUUAAUUAGGAGUUAUUGGUUUAGUUAGUUCAGCACAACAUGGUGGGCUGAAGGGCCUGUGCUGUGCUGUCCUGUUCUGUUGUAUGCUACCUUAUAAGGCAGUGAGUUACAGACCACCACCCUCCGAGUGGGGAAACAAAACCUUGACUGCCUUUUAAUCCUUCUAAUUCUUUAAAUCCCUGUUCCCCUGGUUACUGAUAUCUCUGCUGAGGAAAUAAAGCCUUCGUAGUUGCAGACACCUCAAUCAAAUCUCUCCUCUGUUCCAAAGGAAACAACCUCAGUCAUUCUUUCUGCAUAACUAUAUUUCACCUGCUCUGGCAAAAUCCUCAUAAAUCUUGCACCCUUCUGGUAGUGUAGUGGCUAGAAAUGUACGUGUUCCCACUUGGAUGUGAAUAAAUUGAAUGACAAGUGGCUGUUUCUUAUCUCAGUAAACUUAUCAAGGCCUCCCUCAGCUUCCUAUGUCUGGUUUCCACCUGCAGCAUUUGUGUUCUGUAACUGAAUGAGUCCUUUCCUGUGCACUGUUCUUCUGUCUUUUAAAGUGCCAACAGUGGAGACUUUUUUGCACGGGCCGGGGUGAGAGCUCUUCUGUCCCUGACCGUCAUAUACUCGGUUACUGUUUGUAGAGACCAUUUCUUCGGGAUAACUAUACAAGGAGAAUGCUGUGCUGUUUAUAACUUUUUGUAAUUGGUUGUCCUGGAGCCAAUAUACCUCAAUCAAUCUGUCUCCCUCAUGCUGCUGUUCUGGGAGCUUGCUGUACACAUUGACUGUUGUGUUUCCUAAAUGUAAGCAGUGAACGUGAGUCCUUAGCACAUUGACUCUAUAGCUCUUUGGGAUGUUCUGAAGUAGUGAAAGGCAAAGUAGAAAUGCCAGCUGUUUUCAUGUUUCACAGCUGGACAAAGGUGUUACCUUGCCCUGACAAAGUAACAGCAGAUAAAUUCAGAAGUAUUUUGGCUUUAUAGCAUCGAAGUCAAUUCUGCAAGAACUGCAGGGCACUAUUUUUUUUAAAAAAAGGACAGUGUCAGGAUCUCUGACCCUGAACAUAGCCACGUCCAGUCCUCUCCCCACAUGCCAUCUAGGCUACUGGGUGACCCCUGAAGACUUUCAUUCCACACGUAGCUGCGAUCGGUUCACGCACUGCAGACUGGGAUCUGAACCUGGUAUCUUCCUAAUCGUCUUUUAAGUUGAUCAUCAUUAAUCAAGGGUUUAAAAACACUGGUUAUGUUACUGGACUAGCUAUCCAGAGAUGUGAGUUCAAAUCCCAUGGUGGCUGGGGAAUUUCAAUUCAAGUUAAACAAAAAAGCUAUUUAAGUUACAGUUUUUUUAAAAAAAAAAUCUGUCAUGGUGACCACAAAACCAUGGGAUUGUUGUAAAAACCCACCUGGAUUGCUAAUGCUGUUUGGGGAGAUGUCCUUACCCCAGUGUAGCCUGGACCCAUACAGACGAUCUGGUUGAAUUUUGACUGCCUUUGGAAAUGGCUUAGCAAGCCACUGAGUUCAAGGGGAAAUAGGCCAAGGAAUAAACACUAGCAUUGCCAGUGAGGCUCAUAAGAUGUAGGACAAGGUUUUUUCCCCCUUAGGGGGGGGUUCCAGAUUCAGAUCUACUGCCAGACUUCAACUGCUACAUGAAGUAGUAGGACAAGUGAUGUGUCAUCGCCACACAGUGGUGAUAAUGUGAUACUGCAGGAGUGCAACAUCUCACUGUGAAGUUGCAAUCUGCUGCUCUGGAAAUUGGCCACUAACCAACAGAGGUCAAUGAAUACUGCAGGCACUAAAUGUUUCCUUAAUUCUUCAUGGGUCACUGUUUGCAUUCAGCAAUAAUGUCAGUUAAUGUAUACUGACAAGCAGCCACAGAUGAAUACUAUGUAAUUUGUGAGGUACAAUCAAUUGUCUGUAUAUUGAAUACACCUCACCAUUUUGCAUCAUACUGGUUUCCUACAAAUACUGCUAAUAAAUGCUUCUUUUG